CAGUAAUGGCACUUUGAAGGUCUAGCCGUUCCGCUCUGAUUGAUUGGCUAUUUUGAAUAGUAUUUUUAUUAGUGAAUACAGAGUACUUUUAAAUGUCGAUUACUCUGAUGUAAAGAUCUAGAUCUAUAUGUCCUCGACUAUUAUGUGUCCCGUGUUCACUGUUAACGUGUCGGGUUCAGAUCUAUAUUUCGAGUCGCCUAAAAAUUGACUUUUUGACUCCACUACCCAGUUGACCAUGACUGACCUGUGGUAUGUGUUGCUCUUGUUGGUCAUCACUUUGUUUCUUAUUGAAUAUUUACGGCGCAGACUCACAGUUGGUGGCUAUCGUGACAAGUAUGUCUUAGUGACCGGAUGUGACUCUGGAUUUGGUCAAAGAUUGGCCACAAGACUUGACAAUCUCGGAUUCAAAGUAUUUGCUGGAUGUCUGACAGUGGAUGGAAGACACUACCUGUCAAAGAGUUGUUCCAAAAAUGUGGUGCCGUUUCUACUAGAUGUCAGAAGUAAUGAAAGUAUUCAGUCAGCGUUGGAUCUGGUCAAACAAAAUUUGCCAAAAGAUAUAGGACUAGUCAUCAAUGCGGGUAUAGUCGGCAACAUGGCAGUCUCCGAACUCUGCUCCAAGAGAGAUUACCUGGCAUGUUUUGAUGUGAACUUGUUUGGUCUUAUUGAAAUGACUCGAAUAUUUCUGCCCCUGCUGCGGAGAUCAAAAGGCCGUGUUGUAAACACAUCAAGUUUACUGGCUCGUCUCGCGAUCUUUGCGCCAGUUUAUACACUUUCCAAAUGUGGGGUGGAAGUCUAUUCGGAUUUCGUCAGGAGAGAGAUGUAUUCUAAAGGAGUCCAAGUGAGCAUCAUUGAACCAGGGGCUUUCAAAACACCAAUAUUUAAUUACGACACAAUGACGAAAGCGGUCCAACAGGCUUAUGACUCCGCGUCGGAGGAAGUUCAAUCUUUGUACUCUGGCUUUGUGAGCAAGUAUCGCCAGAUGAUGGAAGGAUUAGGUAAAUCGCCCAACAUCGAUCUGGUGGUAGACGCCUACAUCCACGCAUUGACGUCUCGGUUCCCCAAAGCCAGAUACUCCCCGAGCCAUGACAGUUCACUUCUCAAUAUUCCACUCUCGUAUCUGCCAACAUGGUACACGGACUGGUUGAAGCAGUACUGAUUCUUUAGAAAUGAAAUAUUGUUACGUGUGGUCAAGGGAAUUGAGAAUACUGUGUUAAAAUGAAAAAAAAAUGUAUAAAAAUGUACAUAGUUU